AUGAGCAUCGCGGUCCUGGCGCCUACCUUGACCAAAACAAAGCGCCGCGAACCGCUGGGGACGAUAGGAAUGGCGGCUUCUCAGGCGCAAUCGCGUCCCGCGCCCGCGUCUGAUGGAGCCGGCGGGGACAAAAGGGCACGACGGACUACGCGGAACAGCACGAGUAAACAGGGCCUGGAGGAGAUCACGAAUGACGGUAAACGCAAAGCUGAUUAUGUGGAGGACGCAGACGGAUUUCAAUUCUCUAUCGUUCCAACCAAGAAGUCUCGGCCAUCGCUCGAAGCCGUUCCCGAAGUUGCACAUUCAGACGUGGAAAAUGCGCCUCCAAAGUCAACACCACGCAGGGGACGACCUCCGAAGAAGAGAAACGUGGAGAAAGCAAAUGGAGGCACCGUGCCGGUCAAGGGACAAACGACCGAACUCCCGUCAAGAAAAAUUACGAGGGGAGCGGUCAACGCGGCAGACACCGAGCAAGAACCUCAACAAGACAAUGCGACAGGUCCAUCACAGACACGUGAACCACACGAGGACCAGCCCAAGAAACAGCGCAAAAGGGGGCGACCUGCAAAACCCAGAAAUGCUGAACAGAACGGCUUUCAGUCUCCUGACCCACCUCCUGCCGGUACCAAAAUUGCUCUACCCCUGGCUGACACUCCGGUCAUUCAGCGAAAUAAGGAGCUGAGAGGGGAUAAGGCGGGCAAGGGCCGGCGGCGAAGCAGCUUAGAUUUGCGGGGUCGGAGAGCCAGUGACUUGAUCGAUUCGGGUGCUUCUAACGCCUUGCCUCAUCGAGAGGUCAGCACGGCUGAUUUCUAUAAACAUAUCGCCGACGGGGGUCUUCCUGAGCCACGCAGGAUGCGACAGCUUCUGGUCUGGUGUGCAACACGUGCGCUAGGGGAUAAGCGCUCUGGCCCUCACUCUGACGAUCAGAGUGCACGGUUAGCUGCCCGUUGGAUCCAAGACGAGUUACUUAAGGACUUCUCGACGAACUCGGAGCUCUCAAACUGGUUUAGUCGUGAAGAUGUGAAUCCCCCAACAGUGGUUGUUAAAAAGCCGAAUCCGAGGAACGUGCAAAAUGCAGAGAAGAUCAAGGAUCUAGAAGAGCAGAUUCAAAGGCUUCGAAAGGAGGGACAGGCUCUCAAUGCACUUUCUAUGAAACCCCCUAUGCGCCGCAUCAGUGCAAAGAUCCCUGAUUCAUCCGACCAACCGACAUCAAAACAACAUCCCAAGCAAGCUUCCGAUCAGAUCAACCCCUCUCUCCUCGACCCUGCACAACAGGCUAUACUCGCAUCAUUGAACCCUCCACAAAACCCCCGACCCCAACCAGAAGAGGCGUCUUCAUCUACGACCCGAGCACCUAUGUCUCCAUCAGCCGUCUCUGCCCGUCUUUCCCGCAUUAGUACUGGUCUUGCGCCAACACUGGAUACCUUUGCGGCCGGCAUUCAUGAUAUCGAGAUGUACAGGACGACCGCAGAUGCAGUCUCGUCUCGUAUCCUGCGCACAUGUGCACAGCGUCUCGAAGAGCGUGACGCAUUCAACACCCAGCAACGCCUCGCAAUUGAAGGCGAUGACGACGAACGGCAGCCACCUUCUCAGCGAGGCGAGCGGCCUCGGGACAUCGGCCUCAUCCUAGGGGCACUCAGUCGAAUCGAAAGACGGUGA